GCAGCCCAACAGUCAUAUGAUUAUUGCAUUUCUGGCAGAGUAGAAGUUGAGCACGGUAGAGGAAGUUGUAGUCACCUUUUUUGAGGUUUGGUUCUGCGAGGUUGCAGCGAUGCUUGCUGGUGUUUUUCUGCUAUGUUUUUUGUCCGAUUUUCUGCUCACUUCGCGGGCUCAGUAUGCUCCCGAUGAGGUCACUGACCUGCCAGGUAUGACGUUCAAACCGAGCUACAGGCAGUGGUCUGGAUAUCUGCAGGCAGGCCCGGGCAAGUUUCUACACUACUGGUUUGUGACUUCUCAGAGAGACCCGACCAAAGACCCUGUGGUGCUGUGGCUUAAUGGAGGUCCUGGCUGCAGCUCUUUGGAUGGGUUCUUGUCAGAGAAUGGACCGUUUCAUGUAAAUAACGAUGGAGCCACUCUGUACGAGAAUGAAUUCAGCUGGAACAAAUAUGCCAACGUGUUGUAUCUGGAGUCUCCUGCAGGAGUGGGAUAUUCCUACUCCGAUGACCAAAAUUAUAAAACUGACGACGAUAAGGUGGCUGCUGAUAAUUACCAAGCCCUUCAGAGUUUCUUUGUCAAGUUCCCAAACUUCACUCUGAACGAGUUCUUCAUUUUUGGGGAAAGUUAUGGGGGCAUUUAUGUCCCAACCCUGAGCCUGCGUGUGGCCACCGGACAGGCCAAGAUCAACUUCCAGGGCUUUUCAGUGGGAAACGGUCUCAGCAGUUUUGCUCUCAAUGAUGAAUCUCUGAUCUACUUUGGGUAUUACCAUGGUCUGUUUGGAGAAGACCUGUGGCGUGACCUGAAUGAUAACUGCUGUAACAAGGGAGGCUGUAACUUUUACAACAGCAGUUCUGACUCCUGUAAGAUUCAGGUGAACAUUGCUUUCAGUAUCGUGUAUCAAAGUGGUCUUAAUGAAUACUCGCUCUACCUGGAUUGCGAGGGCCGCCGAGGAUUUAGCAAGACAUACGAGAAGGCCAUGACUCUUGUGUUUAGGAAUUACAGGAAAACCCUGCACACUUAUAAGUAUUCAGGUCCCAGGUUGUCCUCGGUUUCUCUGAACGCCGUUCCUCCCUGCAUCAACAGCACGGCUCAGACCAACUGGCUGAACAGAGGCGACGUGAGGAAAGCUUUACACAUUCCUGCCACGCUGCCAGCCUGGGACAUCUGCAGUGAUGCUGUGGGAGAGGAGUACAACAUCCUGUACUGGACAGUGAAGGAUGUGUAUCUGAAGCUGCUCUCUAUGGGCCUGCGGGCGCUCGUCUAUAAUGGAGACACUGACAUGGCCUGCAACUUCCUGGGAGAUCAGUGGUUUGUGGAGGACCUUGGCAUAAAGGAAACCAGCAAAUACAAAACUUGGAUCUACGAUGACCAAGUUGCCGGUUUCUAUCAGCGGUUUGGAAACAUCACCUUUCUGACUGUUAAGGGCGCCGGUCACAUGGUUCCUCAGUGGGCUCCAGGUCCAGCACUCCAUAUGUUCCAGACCUUCUUAAUUAAUGGUUCCUACUGAUCAUCAUGAGUUCAUCUAUAUUCUUCUCAGGGAACAACGGAACACAUAAAAGGACUACCCUGGCGGUAUUAGACCGCAGAGUGGUGACUUUUAGGGAACUUCUGCCAUAUUCUGUAGCUUAUUUGGAUAAAAAGUAUCUGUCAAACUUUAAAAAAUCAUUUUUAUAAAACUUAAAUAAAUGUGUCGCCCAUCUCAGGCUAAAGUAAAUUUAAACAUGUUUUUUACAAGCAAAAAA